AUGGCACUUUCGUGGAUAAUUGGUCUAUCCCUCUCCCAGGCGGUCCUGUUGUUACUAUUCGCGCUUCUUGCCUAUGUGGUAGGAACUUGUAUUUACCGAAUCUAUUUCCAUCCACUGUCAAAAUACCCUGGUCCAAAAUUGGCAGCUGCAACACGUUUGUGGUGGACAUGGCACCAACUGCGUGGUAAAUUUCCUUUGAUCGUGCAUGAACUCCAUCUCCAAUAUGGGGAGAUUGUCCGAAUUGCACCCUCCGAGCUCUCUUUUACGGGGGCUGAUGCCUGGAAAGAGAUAUAUGGAUUUCGCACUGGCCUGCCUGAGAACCGUAAGGAUCCAGGCGAGAAUACGGACGCUGACAAAAAGCAUCCAACCAUUAUCAAUGCUGACCGCAAGACUCACGGUGAUUUGCGCAAGCUGCUAUCCAAUGCCUUCUCGGAUAAGGUGUUGAAGGGUCAGGAACCUGUGCUGCUGCACUACAUUGACCUCCUUGUCGACCGGUUGCAUGAGGUGGUGGAGAAACAUGAGCCAGUCGAUAUUGUUAAAUGGUUCAACUAUGUGACAUUUGAUAUUAUUGGCCAUCUGGCCUUCUAUGAACCCUUUGACUGUCUCAAAAAUACCGAGUAUCAUCCGUGGAUGUCCAUGAUUUUUAACGCAAUCAUGUACGUCCACUACAUCCGUACCUUCCAAAGAUUCAUUGAUGUCCGCUCAAUCAUCCUGGCAAUCAUGCCAAAACGGAUCGUCGAGCGACGUAAAUGGCACAUCGGCCUAGUCGCAGAGAAAGUCAAGCGCCGCAAAACCCAACAUCCUGAUUACAUCGACUUCAUGAGCCACCUGAUCCAAGCUGAGGAGAAAGGUCAGCUAACGGCGCCCGACCUUGUGGCCAAUGCCAACCUCAUGGUCAUUGCUGGCAGUGAGACAACAGCCACUAUACUUUCCGGGACGGUUUAUUAUCUGUGCACACACCCGGUUGUGAUGCAAAAGCUGCUCGAAGAGGUCCGCACCUCUUUUGCUGCCAGUGAUGAGAUUAACAUUGCGCGGAUCAGCAAGCUCAAGUACAUCAAUGCAGUCAUCGAUGAAUCCUUCCGUCUCUAUCCACCGGCUGCAGGAAGUCAUCCCCGUAUCACGCCACCUGAGGGGGCUUAUAUCAUGGGCCAGUGGUUGCCGGGUAAUACAUCAAUGGGCAUGGCCCAAUACGCUGUGUUCCGUUCUCCUGCAAACUUUAAAGAUCCCGAGCUCUAUCUUCCUGAGCGGUGGCUGGAUAACGAAGGACCAUAUGCAGGGGAUAAGCGCGAUGCUCUCCAGCCCUUCUCUUUCGGACCCCGAAAUUGUAUCGGCAGAAAUUUGGCCAAUAUUGAGCUGAGAUUGAUUCUCGCGAAGAUGCUUUGGCAUUUCAACCUAGAGCUGGAACCAGAGUGUCGUAACUGGCCUAAGGAUCAAUACAUCUACACGUCAUGGGAAAAGAUCCCACUGAAAAUCCGGAUUACCGCUCGGGAAUAA